GCAGCUCGCCAGCAGUGUGCCCGGCUGGGAAAGCCUCAGUCGAUUUUUACCAUCGCUGCCCGCCUGUUGUGUGCUGUGUGUGCGUGUGCAUACAACCUACUGGGUUGUGUUCGCGUUUUUGGACGUUUCUUGUGCCACCGGAGAGAAGAAGGAAAAAAGGAAAAACCCUCGCGAGUAACAACGGCUGACUUUGUUUUCGCGUUCGCCCGACAGCCGACAGACACACAAUCAAAAACGGUCCAGCGUGCCAAACGGGAUCGCAACGACGCGCUCAACUGACCACAACUGAAGCAACAGCAGCAGCAGGACGCAGCCACGAGGCUGCAGAGCGGGUGUGGCAGCUUGCAAGUGCCAACACAGGCUGGCGGAAAGUGUAUUGUUUUGUGUGUGUGUGCGUGUUUGGGUUAGUGUUUUGUGCCCUGUUUUUUUCAACUUACAAAGUCUUUGAACUUGUCGAGCAAAAAAAAACUAAACAAAAAAAAAAGCAGUCAGCAAGAUUUUAGUGUCAGUGGGCGCCUAAAUGUAUGCAGUGCACUGCCAAAGCUGCUCGAACGGUUUAAAAAUGAUGACAGUUAGUUUAGCAUUUGCUGAUAAACGCUACUGAGUGGAUUGCUGAGUCUUGUAGCCACCAAAAAAAAAAAAACGAAGAAAAAGAACUUCAAGUGAGUGUGACUGUGUGUGUGUGUCAGUGUUUGUGUGUGUAAAUGUGCAUCUGAGGAACGGUUGUGAACUAUGGUAAUGAUGCAAUCGCCAGUGUCUGAUUGCGGGCAACCGGAAAGCCCAUCGCUCUCGCAGCCCAACUCGCCGCCCGCCUCGACCGAGCCGGCGUCCCACUCGCCCAAGACAGUUGCCCUGCUGAAGGGUGGUGGUGGUGGUGCCGGGGCCACCACGAGCACCACGCCGACCAGCAGCUCCCAGGAAGCGUCCGAGCCGGGGGAGCUGCUUGUGCGCGGCGGCGGCGGCACCUUUCUCGAUCUGCGCGCCAACAGCAGCCACAGCAACAGCAGCAACAGCACCGACAGCGAACCGCUCGACGGGGAGCAGGAGGCGGCGGACGGCGGGUGCGACACGUUCGCCGACCAGCCGGGGGCCGACCCGCGGCAGGGCGCCUACUCGCCCGCGGACACGCAGCACACUCAGCCGCCACCGUCCACCGGCCCGGACCGGUCGGUCAAGUUCUCGAUCGAGCGGCUGAAGCACCUGGCGGACGGGCACGGGCUGGCGGUGCGGCACCAUCACCCGCUGCACCAUCACCAGUCGGCGGCCGAGCAGCUGGUGCUGGCGGCCGGCGGCCACUUCCCACCGCCCGGGUCGGCCCAUCCGCCGGUCGGCCCGGGCGUGUCUGUGAUACCGUCCGGCGCCGUGCUGCCCCCGCUGCAUCCCGCCGUCCUGCACCCGGUGCAUCCGGCGCACCCGGCCCACCAUACGCCGGUGGCGGCCGGUGUGGCACCGCUGCAGCCGUCCUCGUGCUUUCCGCACGCGUCCGCGACGGCGGCGGCACCGCCCCAUCCCCAUCAACACAGCCACGGCCAUCAACGUCACCAUCAGGCGGCGAUCGCGGCAGCGACGGCGGCGGCGGCGGCGGCUGCUGCUGCGGCUGCGGCGGCUGCCGUCGCUUCCGGCUCCAACCAUCCGGCGCAACCUCACCAACAGCACCAGCAGGCGUCUCCGCACGAUCCCACUGCGAGCCCGCCCGGUCAGCCGCCGCCGCCGCCGGUCCUGCACCCCGGCGGCCACCCGUUCGCUAUCAAAUAUCCGGCGGGCAGCGCGUCGCCCACCGAUCUCGAGAUCGAGCGGUUCAAGAUAGCGCGCACCGCGAUCAACAGUACGGCCGCGUUUGCGGCGGCCGCCGCUGCCAAGGAGCUGUCCGACAUCGGGUUCAGGAUACAGCUGCAGGACGGUGCCGGCCAGCACCACGGCGGGUACGCGCGCAGCGACACCAGCGAGGAGCUGAUCGUGGACGGCAACGAGGAAAGCUCGCAGGACGGCAUCUCGGGCUGCCCGGUGGACCUGACGCGCUCCAUGGACAACGGUGGCGACACGAAGCCGCACGCAAUCCGGGACACCGACAAGGAGGCCGCCUCGAAACGGUUGGCCUUCUCGGUGGAGAACAUUCUCGACCCGAACAAGUUCAACGGCAAGCAGCACUGUGCGUCCGGUGGUGGUGGUGGCGGUGCCGUCACACCCAUCAGCGGCGGCAUCUUCGGCCCCAAGCUGAACGGGACCAAGCUGGGCGGGCCCGCGCUCAACGGUGCCGCCGGUGGCAACUACGCCACCAACAACAACAACUGUACGGUUAACAACAACAACAAUAACAACAACAACAACAACAGCAUCAACCACAACAACAACGCCAAGUUCUGGAGCCAGAGCGGUGGGCUCGAGCGGGACGACAAGCUGGACGACGAUCACAGCGAUUCGCGCUCCGUGAAGGACGUGAACGAUAUCGACCAGGAUGACAUGGGCGACGACACGAUGGGCAGCGACAUGGACGACCACGCGAGCGAAACCGACUCGAAGAAGGACGGCUCGAACAAUCGGAGCGGCGACGGCAAGUCCCAGGGCAACAGCUCCAAGCCGAGACGGGCCAGGACGGCGUUCACCUACGAGCAGCUGGUGUCGCUGGAGAACAAGUUCAAAACGACGCGCUACCUGUCCGUCUGCGAGCGGCUCAACUUGGCGCUCAGCCUAAGCCUCACCGAAACGCAGGUAAAGAUCUGGUUCCAGAACCGCCGGACCAAGUGGAAAAAGCAAAACCCGGGCAUGGACGUCAACAGCCCGACGGUGCCGCCGCCCAACAGUGGCGGCUCGUUCGGGCCCGGCUCGUACGCCAGCAGCCUGCUCUACCCGCACGCCAUGCCCUACCCGCCGUACGGGCCGUACUUCCACCCGCUCGGUGGCCACCAUCUCGGCCACUCGCACUCGUAAUCGCCACUGCGUGCAGUUUUCCUUUCUCGGUUGUGCAAUAAGCGUGAGUAGUGAUCGUCUUCGCGAGCGAUGAUUAGGUAAAGGGUGAAAAAGAAAAGCAACACAGAACCAUUUCAUUUAGGAGUAUUAACGGAGAGCGAAAGAGAGAUGUAGAGAGAGAGAGAGUGAGUGAGCGGGGAAAGUAAGCGAAACAACAACAAAAACAUAACAAAACAAAUCAAAAUUUUUAGCACGUAAGAUCGUACACUCGUAAUCGGUGAAGCGUUCAACUGCAAGGAGAGCAAAAAAAAACACACACACACAUACAAAAUUCCCGUUUUUUUCGUUUUCCAAACCCAUUCUUCCAUACUCCCCGUUAAUCAUAGACUUUUGGGGAGGGAGAGCGAACGCACGGAGACCCACAGGCGCGCCCCAACGUGAUCCAGCGUGGUGCGCAUCCGUGCUGGCGCUCUAGCAGUAGUGUAUCACAGUCUUCGGCUUAGGUUUGUAAACGAAACUUUAGUAAAUACAACAAAAACAAAAACGGAAAAAGGCAACGAUGGAUGCUGUAGCCACUGCAGGUGGCGAUUCCCCCGAUGCCGCCCGACACACCAUACGCAUGUACAGAGGUUAGGUUUAAGGCUUCCCGAAAGCAGAUUCGUUGGCGACUACAACGCGUGAAGAAGAAGAAAAAAAGCGAGCUGUUUUGUUUUUAAAAUAUAUAUAUAAUACUUUACAUAAGUGAAUUGUACAUUUCAUCUGUAAAAAAAAACAACCCCAGCCACAACAUGUCUAUCGUGUCCUUAGCGCAAUAGCAAAGAGCCCAAACAUGAGAAGGAGAGAGAAGAGAGAGAGAAAGGGAUAGAGAAAAUCGUGCAUACGGUGAUUGAGAGUGAGAGGGGCGGGAGAUAACAACAGAAAAUAAUGAACUAUAAAACAAACAAAAAACAACUUACAAUACUUAUGCGAAAUCGGAA